AUGCAGCCCGCCUCUCUUGCUGGAUGGGAGAGGCAUUUCCGCUCCCCCCAGCAUAUCCAGUUACACGAGACGUUGACGAAGGGUUAUCUGUGGGGGGAGGAGGACUGGCAAGGCCCGCCUCCAUUAACCCCAGGUGGCUUAGGGGCAAGAGUUAGUACAAGGCCAGAGCGUGUCCACACGCCGUUCGACGAGUUUGUAGAAAGUCCUUCAUUGGAGGCUAUUGAGGAUUGUGAAGUAAAGAAAGCCGACUGGGUUCAGUUAGCUCGGCAUUUUAACGUAACAAUUCGAGCAGCAUGGCGUAAGAAUGAAAUUAAGAAGGCGGUUAUUGCUCAUUUAGUAUCAUCUGGCUUGCUUGAAGAUGACGCAUUGAUGUUAUGUGAUUCUGAUGAUAAGAGUUUACGGUUUGAGCACGUGGCAAGCACUUUGAAAUGGCCACGUGACUACUGGCCCAUACUCGUUCAGUCGAGUCUGAAAGGAAAGGGGCGCUCUGUCUAUCUCUCUCUGGCUGGAUCACAUCAGUCCGACUAUGACACCAUGAAGGAUGCAAUUCUUAAAGCGUAUCAGCUAAGUGCUGAGGGAGUGUCGCCAGAAAUUCGCAUGUACCUGCUGGAGCGCGAAGUCAGUACAGUUGAGAGAGCAGCUUUGUUAGCUGAGAAUUUUAACUUGAUUUCUAAAAGUAAAGUAAAUGUAAGUAAAUGCUCUCACCCCUCCGCAUUCGCUCCGUCUGUGGAUGGUAAGUCUGUUGGGCAGAAUAGCUUGAAUUCUGACUUUGUGGCAAAGAAAAGUGGCUAUGGUAAAGGGACGGGUUCUGGAUGGUCGUCUGGAUGUUUUUACUGUAAGAAACCCGACCAUAUUAAGGCAAAUUGCCCUAAAUUGAUGAGGAAGGGACAAGUGUCAGAGCCUAAACCUGUAGCUAAUUACACCUUUGUAUCAACAGACAAUGUCCAGGAUCUGUCGCAGCGUACCUCGAGCGAUCAUGAUUCAUUUCAGCCUUUCAUCUUCUCUGGUUCCGUGGCCUUAGAUGAAGCUAGUCCUUCUGUUCCCGUGUCUGUAUUUCGUGACACUGGUGCUUCACAUAGUGUCGUUUUGAAGGAGGCAGUUCCUUUUCUGGAGGAUGCAUUCACUGGGAAGUAUGUGGUAGUGGAAGGUUUUGGAGGGUGCGUUACAGUGCCCCUUUGUAAGCUUUAUCUGAGGACGGAUUUGGUGAGUGGACCUGUUGUAGUAGGUGUUCAUGAUUCGUUGCCUAUUAAGGGAGUAUCAUUUUUGAUGGGGAAUGAUAUUGCGGGGAUUCGACUGCUACCUAAUCCUGUUGUUUGUCCGUCCCCAGUUGCUUAUGAUCCUGCUGUAGAUGUUGCAAGAAUUAAUCCAGGACUUUUUCCAGCAUGUGCUGUAACGAGAAGUCAGGCGAAGAAGUUGCCAAGGCUAUCUGAUAGAAGUGUUGGUCAGAAUGAGCUUGGUCUUGAAUGUCUAUUUGGUGAUGAAGCUGCUGUUGAGAAAUCUGAUGAAUCUCUAAGGUCACUACGUAAUACAGCCGUGUCAAAAUCAGAGGUUCAGUCAUUGCCAUCAGGGUAUUAUCUAAAUUCAGGGAUAUUGAUGAGGAAAUAUAGACCACCUGAAGUACCGGCAACCGAUUCGUGGCACGAAGUUUUUCAAGUGGUGGUACCAACUUGUUAUCGACCUAAAGUUAUUAGUUUGGCUCACGAUUUGGGUGGAGGGCACUUGGGUAUCAAGAAGACACUCGAUAAAGUCCUCAGAUAUUUUUAUUGGCCAGGUGUUACGUCAGAUGUAACGAGAUAUUGUCGAACUUGUGAUAUUUGUCAAAGGGUUGGUAAACCUAACCAAGUUAUCCCACCUGCACCUCUUAAGCCUAUCCCUGCAUUUGAGGAACCAUUCUCAAGGUCCGAUCAGGGAAGCAAUUUUUGGUCAGUAAUGUUUCAGGAAGUAAUGAAAUUGUUACACGUUAAGCAGUAUAGUGCCACAGCUUAUCGGCCACAGACGCAAGGUGCCCUUGAAAGGUACCAUCAAACACUUAAGAGUAUGCUCACGAAAUAUUGUCAUGAAACGGGCAGUGAAUGGGAUCUAGGAGUGCCUUUAAUGUUGUAUGCCAUAAGAUGUACUAAGCAGGAGAGUCUCGGGUUCUCACCAUAUGAAUUGUUAUUUGGGAGAGACAUCCGCGGACCCAUGAAAUUAUUGUAUGAAAGCUGGAUAGGUAUUGAAAAUUCAGGGUCUCUAAGUGAUUAUGUGGUAAAAAUGAAGACCAGAUUGCAACACCUUCAAGAAUUUGCUCAUAAGAAUUUAGAAAGAGCACAGUGCUCAAUGAAGGGAACAUAUGAUAGAAAUGCAAUUGAACGAGAAUUUGGUAUUGGGGAAAAAGUGCUAUUGUUUUUACCUGUUAGAAAACAACCAUUAACUGCAAAAUAUCAGGGACCUUUCAAAGUACUGGAGAAAAUUAAUGACAUUAAUUAUGUAAUUGCUACUCCGGGUCGCAGGAAAAAGAAAAAGGUGGUUCACAUCAAUCUCCUUAAGAAAUAUCACCCACGUAGACCGGAAGCUGCCAGUGCCUUGUGUGCGAUCUUUGUUCCUGAAGAGCGGGGAGAUACUGCCGCUUCACCUGAGAUGGAGAGUGACUUUGAUGUGGGCGAUGUUGGGUUCAAAUUGCAAAAUAGUGACAUUCUGAAAAAUCCAAACUCUAAAAUUUCUCAUUUAUCCCAUGAACAGCAGCAAGAUAUCUUGUGUGUGCUUCAGCAGUUUAGUGAUGUUCUUGGAGAUAUACCGAGACAGACGCACCUGGUGACCCAUGACGUAAAGCUUGUUGACGGGGCUAUUCCUGUCAAGCAAGCACCUUAUAGAAUGUCUCCUUACAAAGCAAAAAUUAUGGAAGAGGAGGUAAGCUUUUUACUCAAAAAUGGUCUUGCCGAACUUAGUGAGAGUGAAUGGGCAUCACCCUGCGCACUUGUGCCAAAAUCUAAGGGUUGGAGAAUGGUGACAGACUAUAGGAGGAUUAAUGAACUCACUAAAGGGGACUGCUAUCCUUUGCCUAGAAUAUUGGAUAUAAUAGAUGCCAUUGGGGAGUCCAAGUUCAUCACUGUAAUUGAUCUCCUGAAGGGCUAUUAUCAGGUGCCCUUAUCACCUGAGGCGAAGCAGAUAACAGCGUUUGUGACCCCUAAUGGGCUUUAUAACUAUUGUGUGCUUCCAUUUGAUGCCGGGCUCACUGUUAAUCUGGUCAAGAGUGAGUUUGCACAAGCGAAGGUGAGGUAUCUCGGUCACGAGGUUGGAGGAGGAGAGGUUGCUCCAGUUAAAGCCAAGGUUGAAGCUAUCGAUGAGUUACCUGUACCUAAGAAUAAAAGAGCAGUUCAAAGAUUCAUUGGUAUGGCUGGGUACUACCGUAGGUUUUGUCCAAACUUUGCUGACGUAGCCAAACCAUUAACAGAUCUUUUGAGUCCUAAGAAAGAAUUCAAAUGGACGGUAGAUGCCAGUGACGUGGCUGCAGGAUCAGUUUUUUGCAGGAAGGAAAAGACGGGGUUCUGCACCCGGUCUGUUACUCGUCUGCGAAGUUCAAGCCGCACCAAACUCACUAUAGCACGAUAG